AAGCCACGGAUCGAUGUUGAUCGAUACGACAACAAAACCUUACUUAUAUUUUGUCGGCUUAGACAAUCAUGCGAAAUAUUUCUUUUUUUUGUAACUAUUAAUUAAUAAUGACUGGCAUCAUUUGAAAACUGAUCAGUAGUAAUCGUGGAAAUAUCAUUCGCUGUAUUCUGAUUCAAAAUUUGAAACAAAAUGACGUCGAAGAGAAAACCCGAAUCCCAAGUACCGGCAGAAGAAAGUGAUCUUCUUCAAGUUCGGCCGCUUGGAGCUGGCCAGGAAGUCGGUAGAUCAUGCAUAAUGCUCGAGUUCAAGGGCAAGAAAAUAAUGUUAGAUUGUGGAAUACAUCCUGGAUUAUCAGGGAUGGAUGCUCUUCCUUUUGUUGAUUUAAUUGAAGCAGAUGAAAUAGAUUUACUACUUAUCUCACACUUUCAUUUGGACCACAGUGGUGCCCUGCCGUGGUUUCUCAUGAAGACCAGUUUUAAAGGGAGAUGUUUUAUGACUCAUGCCACUAAAGCCAUUUACCGCUGGCUCCUUUCAGACUACAUAAAAGUUAGCAAUAUUGCUACUGAGCAGAUGUUGUAUACUGAAGCAGAUCUGGAAGCAAGUAUGGACAAAAUUGAGGUUUUGAAUUUCCAUGAAGAAAAGGAUGUUAUGGGAAUAAAAUUCUGGGCCUAUAAUGCAGGUCAUGUUCUCGGAGCUGCUAUGUUCAUGUUAGAAAUUGCUGGUGUGAAGAUACUGUACACAGGAGACUUUUCUCGUCAAGAGGAUAGACAUUUGAUGGCUGCAGAAAUUCCUAAUGUCCAUCCUGAUGUCCUAAUAACUGAAUCCACUUAUGGAACCCACAUCCAUGAAAAAAGGGAAGAAAGAGAAGGAAGAUUCACAUCACUUGUUCACGACAUUGUUAAUAGAGGGGGUCGCUGUUUGAUACCUGUUUUUGCUCUUGGAAGAGCUCAAGAACUUUUGUUAAUUUUAGAUGAGUAUUGGAGUCAGCAUCCAGAGCUGCAUGACAUACCAAUUUACUACGCUUCCUCAUUGGCAAAAAAAUGCAUGGCUGUGUAUCAGACAUACAUAAAUGCUAUGAAUGAUAAAAUUCGUCGACAAAUAGCGAUCAAAAAUCCGUUUGUAUUCCAGCAUAUAUCCAAUCUUAAGGGUAUUGACCAUUUUGAGGACAUUGGUCCUUGUGUUGUAAUGGCCUCUCCUGGUAUGAUGCAGAGUGGAUUGUCACGUGAGCUCUUUGAGUCAUGGUGCACAGACAGUAAGAAUGGAGUUAUCAUUGCGGGUUAUUGUGUUGAAGGAACAUUAGCUAAGACGAUCCUGUCUGAACCUGAAGAAAUAACUACUAUGACUGGCCAGAAGUUACCUCUUAAAAUGUCUGUAGAUUAUAUAUCAUUCUCAGCUCACACUGACUACCAACAGACAAGUGAGUUCAUCAGAGCAUUAAAACCUCCUCAUGUGGUUUUAGUUCAUGGUGAACAGAAUGAAAUGAGUCGUUUGAAGGCUGCCUUACAGCGUGAAUAUGAGGAUGACCCAAACACUAAAAUGGAAAUUCACAACCCCAGAAAUACAGUAGCUGUAGAGCUGUAUUUUAGAGGAGAGAAAACAGCAAAGGUUAUGGGUACUCUUGCAGUAGAAGAGCCAAAACCAGGAAAAAAACUGUCUGGUGUGCUAGUUAAGAGAAAUUUCAACUAUCAUAUGUUAUCUCCUGCUGAUGUUCAAAAAUAUACAGACAUGAGAAUGAGUACAGUCACACAGAGACAAUCUAUACAUUAUUCAGGAUCUGUUCCUCUUCUUAAGCAUCUGUUGGCACAAAUUGCAGGAACUGUAGAACCAAUUGAUGAACAUAAGGUUCGAGUGUUUAAUUGUAUUGAUGUAAAUGUAGAGAAUAAAAUCGUGACUAUGGAGUGGUCUGCAACUCCAGUGAAUGACAUGUAUGCUGACUCUGUUCUAACUGCAAUACUGCAAGCAGAAAAUUUGGACUCUUCACAAAAAAUUUAUCCCACUGCUACAAAAAUGGAUCGCAUGCACUUUAAGGAAUGUCUAAUUGAGAUGCUGCAGGAUAUGUUCGGAGAAGAUUCAGUUCCCAAAAUUUUUAAGGGAGAAAAAUUAUAUGUUAGUGUGGAUGGCAAAAAGGCUAACAUUGAUUUAGUAAAUUUGGAAGUUAUUUGUGAGGAUGAUGACACAUUCCAGCAGAUUAUUCAAACAGCCGUUACCAAGCUCCAUCAAUCUCUUGCACCACCUCAUAUGUAAUUACUCUGCCAAUCUUAAAAAUUCAAUAAAAUUAACUGUUCUUGUACCGA